AUGUUUGGCAACGAAAAUGACACACUUCCACCAAGCAGCUGUAAAAUAGAAAAUCUCAAAUGCGACUCAAACCGAUACUUUCGGUGCUCAAUCUACCUCUUUUUUAUGAGUGACCGGGAACUACUUAGUGCAGAGCUCAACUUUCAUGACGCGAGGGCCGAAAAGGUUACAUUUUGCGCUCUGGAGUCAAUGAACCUCGGCCGUACCGAAAAAUGUAACGGUUUUCGGUGA